AGAUUCGUUCUUCAUUUGUUUUCAGUUGUUAUCUCGGCGUUGCAACGGCGUGUUGAGCGGCGGCUUUUCGCGAGAUUUUCCUAAAGCGGUGGCGGCACAUUUCCAUGACAAUCACAUGCGAAAGAGCUAGGCGGCGUGUCGUGACUCACUUCUCGCAUGCAACUUGAAAUCGAGCGCGAAACGGAAGUUGGGAGGGCGUUUCGGCAGCGGAACUUCCAUAAGAAUUUGGCAGAAACUUUUGGCGCGGUUGACUUAAUUGGUUCGUCCUCAUUAUUUUGCGGAUGGAGCCUAUGAAACAAUGAGAUUCCAAGGGAGAGAAUAUUUGUAUUGAAGGGGCCAGAAGCAGGUUACUUCCUGGUGGCGCUUUUGUAUGCCCCGGCUUGGUGAGGGCCGGAAGUCCUUUUCGAAAAGCGGAUAUUUAGCUUCCCAUGAUUUUGUGAAGUAGAGAUAAAUUUUCCGGUACUAAACGUUCCCGAAUAUAUUUCGAUAUAAAACUUAAAUGGAGUAGGGAAUAACGUUACACCCUCCUGGUGGGAACUUCCUCUUGCAACGGUUGUUUGUAAGUGAAGUGUGCUCUGCAGUUUACAGCCCCUAAAUUAUUUAGGUCUUCAUGAUUCGCUUGCGUCGACUAGUGUGUGCCAUUUGUGCUGGAAAAUAGCAAAUCGAAACCUUUUCGUGUGUUUUCAUGACGUGUAUCCGCUUUUGGCAGAACGCGAAUGUUCUAAAAAUUGCCGAGUGAAGUUCUUGUUCUGUUGAAAUCAAAGUGGAAACUUGGUCCACUCCGUAGAGUUUGUGAAAUCAUCUGAGAUAUUUUUGAAAAAGUACACGUGCCUCAAGGUGAAUUACGGCCAGACUGCGCGUUGCGUUCCAAAAAAAUUGAAAUGAUCGUGUCGAAAUUUAGUGAUCGUUGCAAAGUGGAAAUGUGCGUUCUACGCUAUUUAAUGGUGUUUGCCCUGCUAUGCAGCGUUGCUCUUGGAUUCCUCACUGACCAUGAUCGCCGUGCUGCUGGGAAUAGUGCGGAACACUACUUCCGCCACCAGCAGCAUUAUAAUCAACGAGCCGAGCAUGCCGCCGAUGAUUUAAGGGCAUCCCAAAAGCACCAUGCCAUUAACGCUUCACACCUGGUUGUUUUACGACAUCGUCAUUAUGAGCAUCCGCCAUCGUUAGAGGAAGAUGAGGAACCUACUAGGAGUACCAGUGCACCGCCAACGACUAUGCGGAGGCACCAUCUCCGCCACUACAAUCGCCAUCAUCAGUCGUGGGAGCAACGGGUUUUCCCGGCCCUUCGUCAUCAAGCCACCACGACAACGACCUCGAGUCCACCAACAUCUCCUCCACCUGGGCAGUCUAAGGGCUCCCUGAAGUCGCGAAAUUUGCAUUCUCGUCGCGAGCACUUCAACUUGUCGGCGGCGAUGCAGAGUCGCCUGUUUGAUCGGGACGGUCUGUACAGCAGCGGACUCAGAACAAGGCAUGGCUUCAUUUUCUCAAGGGAGCCUCAGCCGAUACACUCCUUGAAAGAACACGACGCCAGGAGGAAUCACCUCACUGAGAGGCUCUUGAGGUCACGGAAAAUCAGUGAGGAGAACUAUGAAGAUCGCGACGACAGCAACGAUAACGAUGAUGACUAUUACGAUGACGACGAGGAUGAUGAUGGUAACCUCGGGGAUGGUGAAGACGAGGAUGAUCGCGAUGCCGAGGAAGAGGAUGAAGAUGAUGACGAGGAGCUUGAUAGUGAGCGUAGCCAGUUUGGUUCCUCAUAUAACAGUGAGGUGGAAGAGAACAUCGAUGAAAAUGAGAAUCGCAUUGAUAAUCUAAAGAUACUACCGGCGAAGCUGCGCACCAACAACAUCGUGGAUCAAACAUCGAAUGUUUUCUCACAACCAUACAUUCCAGGGACAAUGACAUCGCACAAGCAUGAGACGUUGGGAACACAUGAAGCUGUUAAGCAGUCACGAAAGAACUAUAUCACGAAUCACCGGCAUCAUCUAGCUCAGGCGAAUACACACAUCAACAAAAUUCACUUCGAAGCAUCAUGUCGAUGGCCCAAACCGAAGGUUGAGAAAAUUCAAAAAGAUCCAUCGAAAAAGUAUUUUCCACAUUGCACAGUUUUGCAUCGAUGCGGAGAUGAUACCGGUUGCUGUGAAGACGAUCUAAAGACAUGCGUCGCGAUGCGGACGCAAGCCGUCGACUUGUACUUCACGGUUCACCUUUUGGGCUCGAAUCGUCCAACGAUAGAAAGACAUACAUUCAUCAAUCACACGGAAUGUCAUUGUGUAAAUAAAUCGAAGCAUGUCACCAACAUGCAAUCUAGCCCAGCUUUGCUUAAAAGAGCUACAAUAUUGGAUUGUAACUGUCCACGACCCUUCGAAAAAGUCCUUCAGGAUGAUGGAGAAUGUCGAUGUGAUUGCUCAUCAGGCAACACAGGAUGCGAUUGGCUUAAACGAGGAAUGGAACAUUUUUCGAUGUCAGAUCGAAAAUGUAUACUCGAAGGACGCUGCAAGCAUCCCACAUGCGAAUAUGGACUCUACAACAAAAAUCACGGACGAUGCCCGAGGAAAGAAAGUAGAUCGUUCCAUUAAAUUAUAAAAUUAUAUUAAAUGAUAAAGGAUACAAAAUAAAAAUACAUUUAGCAAUCUGGUGAUUUAGAAGCCAUUCGAAACCAUAUAGAUUUUAAUAUAUUAAAUUGAAAGACUUUAUAUAAAUAUUCUUAUCACUAACGUACUUUUAUUAGUUUCAAUUUUUCUAAAUCUUUUCUUUUUCAACUGUUCUUUUCGAGAAGAACAACAAAAGUGAUAAAACGAACUCUACUUUAGUCUGAUCUAUACGUUAUCGAAAAGGAGAGUUGAAAAAGAGUCUUUAUCUAUUAAUUAUAUUUUUCUAUAAUUCUACUUUGUAAUUAGAUAAUUUUAGCUAAUUUAAAUAUUUUAAAUUUGGUCGUACCAAUAAGAAUGUAAAUUUUACAUGAUUUCUCUCUCCACUGCUAAAUUUUAAUUUCAUAUAAGGCUGAAUAGAAUUUGGAAAAGGACGGCCAAGUGUCCUUUGAAUCAAAUAACGUAUCAGAGAUUUAGAUUUCCGCUGUACGAAGAGUAAGUCUGUUUUAUUUUCGGUUUUAAGGAAAUUAUCAUUUUGAAAAGUGUAUUUGCUUGUUUUCGACCAGAAUAUAAUUGAAGUGUUGAGCACAAAAGCUUUAUACCACAGAUGCUCUCAUUUAUUUUACAGAUUUCUAUUUUUGAUUUAACAAGUAAAACCAUAUUUUUAUACUGUCAUAAGCAAGCCAGUUUGACUUUCUGAAAAUUGCACAUUGAGAAGUUUUGAACUACAUCAUUCCAGUUAUGCUUUUAAUGAUAAUCUUUUUAAUGCCCAAAGGAAAAAAUCAAGAUAUUUUUACUCCUCUCUAGAAAUUUUAAUUCAAAACUGUACAUCAUUUUUCACUUUUUCAAAUAAAAUUAAUUUAAAUUCACUCAAAUCAGUAAAUUUGACUUUUCAUUUUGUAAUGUAAAAACUAAGCGGAGACGAAUCUCAGUUUUCUAGUCAAAAUAUAUUAUUACCCUUUAUUUUAACCAAUACAUUAAUAGGUACUUCUAAGCUGUAUCGGAUAAGAAUUUUUUAUUUCACAAAUCGAGUUUAGUUAAUAAAUAUUCCAAAAUGAAUAUCACAAGGAAAAUGAUAAUAAAAUUUAGAUUUUUAAACUUAAGUGUCAGAACAAAUCAUAUCUUUUCCCCACUGCCCCUUUCCUAUUUCUUUAGGAGUAUGUAAGAAUACACAUACCUUCUUCUUGUAUAAAUAUUCUAUAAGAACAGUAUUUUAAUGUUUCAUGGAAAUUUUAUCAACCAGUGUAAUUGAUAAGCAAUAAUAUCGAGUUGAAAAUGGAUUAAUGGUUUUCAAAUUGCAGUUGAAGCUCAUUGGAAAGAGAAAUCUUUUGGAGAAAGUGAAAACAAAAUUUAAUAUUGAACUUAAAUUGAGUAUGAAUGCGUUUUAUAUCUAAAUCUGUUAGUUGAAGAUUUUGUUAAGCACAUAUCCGUAUUUACUGGCAUUUAAUUUUUGUGUUAUUUGAUCUGGCAUUUUGAAUCGGGAUCUAUGAGUAAUUAAUUUGCCGCUUGACAUUUUUGUUCUUAUUUUUAUGUAAAAAGUUAUAUUUCAUAUAUAGUUCAUAUAGAUCACUAGAAAAAUGAUACUGAAGCAUGGAAUUAAUAUAAUCAGCUUCUGUUUUUCAACGAGUUAGUUCCCUUUGUUUAGAUUUCAUGUAUAUUGAUAUUUACAAGAUUAUAUACAUCGAGUAUCCAGCAGUAAAAUUUAGUUAAUGAUUAAGUCGAAAAAUUUUAAAAAUAACACUGAAUGCAUUUAUAUUUAUUUGUUGCAAUUAUACCAAUGUUAAAUCCAAAAUAAAUUUUAUUGCAUAUAAAUGUGAUGAUAUAUGGUGUCGUCCAUUGGAAUCAUUUGGCUAAGGUUUAUUUUUAAGCCAUCAAAGCGAUUAAUUGCGAGUAUUUCAUGAAAAUUUAACAUUUCAGAUAAUAAACCAAAACACUUUGAAGAAAUUUGUUUUGAAAUUAAUCUUACACAACAAAUAUCGGUUGAUUAGAUCCAUAAGUAGAUUCCAUUAAAGGGGAAAGAACAUUAGAAAGCUUAUUUUCAUGUAUUUUUCAUGAUGUUUAUGACGAAAUAACUGAAAUUCAAAUUUCGAUAUCAUAUUAGUCAUGUUUCGAACAACUUGUGAGUUUUUUUUCUUUUGAGAAAUUCAAACGAAAACAAAGUUAUUCAAGAUUAGUUUGCUGAAUGUUGUAACUGGAGUUCUCCAAUUGUGGCAAGGGUAGGGACUCCAAUUUUUAGCUGAAACCACAAAUUUCUAAAUUUUAUAUUACUGAUUUAUUUUGUAAGUCCAUUAACCUUAACGCAGGCAAAAAUAAUAAAAAUAAAAAAAAUUACAGUUGUCGGAGAAGAAAUAUUUCAAAUUUUACCAUUUUUUUACUAAUUAUGCAAAAAAAAGCCAUUGAAAAUAUGAUAUCAACCCCGAGGCUGGUUCAUGUUUUUCUUAAUUUUGUAAAGAAUCAUACUUCAAAAUUUCAUAAUGAUCAGUUCAUUAUUUUUUGAGUUCAAAUAUCCGAAAAUGUAAAAAUUGUCAUAUUGAAAAAAAAACUCGUUAGAAAAAAGAUUGUUUGAAAAGUCGCCUUUCAGAUAUUAAGACAGAGAAAAUACAUUUAGGGCAAAUAUAAACGCGUUCCUAGAGGGCUACGUUAAGAAUGAUGCUAAGUAUUUACAUUAUUUACGCUGUUUAAAUGGCGCUAGAAGAUUACGUAAGCACAUAAAACGACUCGAUCUCAUGUGCGCUCGAGUCGGAGCCUCCACUCGGUAAGCUCUCGGCUCCCCGCUCAUAAAAUCUAAAGGAAUGCGAAUUUUGCUUUGAAAUGUUUGCAGCGUAUUCCGGGAUAGUUGAGCUACUCAUCUGUGUAAUAAAAAAUCGAUUUCUUGAAGAUCAUAAUGUGGUUUCCGCUUUUAGCUCUUUCGGUCUCAAGUAUUGGAAAAACGUCGGAUUAAACUAUUUGUUUGCAAAGAAAAGGAUAUGUAGCUAUAUGAAUACAACGGGAUUUCAAGAGAAAAAAAUAUUUAUAGAAUCAUUUUUGAAAUAUUACAAAUAUCACAAAUAUUACGGUUUUACGUGAUGUUUCAAAACCUUAUUAAAAUUGAUUCACUGUCGGUCUGAUUGCCUGCCACACGCACUUUUCUCCAAAGCGGCUAAACCGAUUCGAAUGAAAUUUGGUGGACAAAUGGGAACUAUGAAAUUCCAUGCGUACAGCGAGUAACAUAAAUUUAAGUGCAAAGAGGGGAUGUAAAAUUUUUUUCAUCAAAUAUAGUUAUGUGGGGUAUCGAAUGAAAGACUCGAUUAGUCCUUUCCGCAGCUGAUAUUAGUUUAGUCGUGAAUUGCAAAGUGUGCGAGUGAGGAGUUAGAAUGUACACACUUAAAGUGAGACAGGACUCAUUUUCGGAAACUAUCCAAC